UGUCCCUCAUAACUUACACCAAUUGGGAAAAAACCCUGAGACCUACUUUCUUUAAGACAAUUAUAAAAACAAAUAAGACCAUGAUGUCCACUGUGGUGUCUGCUUCUCUUCCCCAAACUAACAACACAACCCUCACCAACCCACUCAAAAUCACCUUCAAUCAUUUUUACGAGUUCCAGCCUAAAGACAUUCUCUCCUGUGUGUACUGGAAGAAGGACACAUGGCUUAAUGAUGGUUGUAGCAUCAUAAAGUUUAACAUCACUCACACAGAGUGCUCAUGUGAUCACAUGGCUACGGUUGCUCUCAUCCUGCAGACCGACCCAUGCAGUAGUGAUCGUGUCAUAAACACGCUGAUUGCAGUGGCUAUAAUAGUGGGACUCGUAUUUCUGAGCUUGUCUAUAGUGACAUUAUCCCUUUAUUCCCGGAACCCAGUGACCAAUGCAGCCCUGAUAAACCUAUGCAUAAACCUUCUGCUGUUUCACUUUCUCAGUCUGAUCAAAACUCUUUUCCUGGCCAACAUUCAAUCUCUGAAACUGCGUGCAGUCCUGGCUGGAUUCCAUUGGUAUUUUUUAAUGUCUGUGUUUGUGUGGAUGUUCAUUGAAGCUGUGCUGCUCUACAACUUUAUGAAGAACCUUUCUAAUAUCACAUCAAUCUCAGAGCAAGUGUUUAGCUGGAAAUGGUUAACUGUGAUUGGAUAUCUUAUUCCACUGGGAGUACUGGGCAUGUCUGGUGUUCGCUUUCCUAAGGGUUACAUCGAUGAAGAAUGCUGGUUUGUGGAUGAUGAAAAACUGAUCUUUAUUUUUGCUGCUCCUGUUGUUUUCACUUUUACAUUAAAUCUGGUCCCCUGCCUCAGUACUGUUAUCAUCAUGAUCUUCACUCUUAAGAAGUUGAAGAAUGAAAUUUUGCACCUGAGUUCCUCUGCUGAGAAGAACCUGAUCAUAUGCCUGAUGCUCAGGAGCCUGACUCAGUUUAUCAUUCUUGUUUGCUACUUGAUAUUCCUGUACAUUCCCAGCAAGAACGGAGCUUUAUAUCACGCCUUCCGGUUCCUCAACUCCCAGCAGGGUACCUUCAUCUUCCUCAUCCACUGUCUCUUCAACCAAGAGGUCAGGCAGAAGUACAGGAAUGUUAUGUGUGUUUUGUGCUUCUCCAACAAUCCAGUAGAAACCUCUAGGAGUGUCAGGGGACAAGCAGAAGAUUUACAGGACAACUAAUAAGGGCUGAGUAAUAGUGACUCCAUUUAUUUUCUGUUGCGUCAGCACUCAACAGAGAGCCACUUGUCUGAAUGACUCCAUGUCUCUUUGCCUGUCUGAACUAAACUAGUACAAUGAAAUAACAUUUAUAAGGAGACGAAGCCUUAAAACAGAAUGUGACCUGCUGUAGAGUAAAAUUUCUUUUUUAUGUGUUUUUGUUUAUUGGACUAUUUUCACUUCUUUAAUCCACUUCCAGGUCAGAAAGAUGUUAAGAAAUUUUCUGUCUUCCUUUUGCUAUUCCAACAACCCGGAAACGUGAUACGGAAUUCCGCGAGUGUCAGUGGACAACCUGAGAAGUCGCAGGAGAACUAAAACUCAUAACUAAUCUCCAGAUUAGACUCAUGUUCAACUGUUAAAGAAUUAAUAAAAAUAAUAAUGAUCUACUUACAGAAACUUCAGCAUGUGACAGAUGACACACAAUGUUUAAUGUAAUUAUGUGGACUGUCUGGUGUACGAGACCCUUUGAAUGAGAUGUUACUAUAGAAACCACAACAGAUUAACAUGAGUGCAUUAAUAUAAAGCUGUAAUUUGCAAUAUUCUACAGCACUGUGGAAUAUAUACAUAAAAUAUAGAUUUUAAUUCUAAUGGCUUUUUCAUGUAACGGGAUGUUUUACAGAUGUUUAAAAAACCUUUGUUUUUUUUUCUUUUCAGUGGUUAAAGGUCUAUUGUCCUUAAAGUCUGUCUAUCAACCUGAUAUAUUAUUAAAUAUGUAGACAUGUAUUUAUUGUAUGAAUAACCAUAAAAAAAAUUAUUUAGAUUUAAGUUACUUGUUUUGUUUGCCAUUUAAUGCAUGAAUGUAUCCUGUAUUUCAUUCCC